AUGAGCACACGCACACUAUGGUAUGCUGUUAACAAAGAGCUGGUAAAGAAGCAAGUUCCUGUGCCGACCCUCGACGCGGGUGAGGUUUUGGUCAAGGUCAAGGCAAUUGCCUUCAACCCCACAGACUACAAGCACCUUGAUUUUGGCAUUGCUCAGAACUCUGGUCUUGGCUGUGAUUUCUCUGGUGACAUCGCAGAGGUAGGCUCUGGCGUCAGCCUCGUCAAGGUCGGUGAUUCUGUGUCGGGCAUGAUCUCUGGCGGCAACGACGAGCGCCCCGAGAGGGGGUCGUUCACUGACUUUGUCAAGGUCCACGAGACCCAAGUUUUCAAGUUCAACAGCCUCAAGAUCGAUGGCAGCAAGGAGAUUCCCGCUGGUGCUCCCACCACUUACGAGCAAGCUGCUUCUUUGGGCGCCUGUCUCGCAACCACUGCGUUUGCCUAUGAGUCCUACAACCGCUGGGAUACCAGCAAGAAGAACUCGCAGUCGGGCUACGCAUUGAUCUACGGUGGUGUGAGCUCUCUUGGCUUUAUGGCUGGCCAGGUUGCCAAAUAUCUUGGUUUCAACGUUAUUGCUGUUGCAUCCAGCAAACACAAGGACCUUCUCAAGUUGGUUGGCAUCACCCAUGUCGUAGACUACCAUGAUGAGGAUUGGGUUGAGCAGGCUCGCAAGAUUGGUGGUGAUGACAUUGUGUAUGCCUAUGACACAAUUUCGUUUGCCGACACACUGUCGUUAGUGUGCAAAGCCGUUUCUACCACCAAACCGGUCAAGAUUAACGUCUCUCUGCCUGGCACCCCUGAGCCUGAAAACUUGGGCAAGAACAUCACCAUCGACGCUCCUUUGACAUACUUGAUGUCUGACCCCUAUAAAAUUUUCGGUCCCCGACGUAUCGAGGGCGAGCCCCACUUUAUGAAGGAUGCUCCUACCAACAUCGCCCACGCCAACAAGCUGCUUGCUGAGGGGGUGAUCACCGCACUGCCCGUGACUGUGGUGGGUGAGGGUAUCGAUGCCAUCCCUGCUGGCAUCAAUGCCAUUCGUAAGGGCGUUUCAGGUGAGAAGGUUGUUAUCACACUCUAA